AUGACUGUUGACACUCCAAUUGAACUUAAUGCGCAUCUGACUCCCUCAGGGGAGGGGAAGAAACCAUUGUCUAAUCCCUCUCUUUACAGACACUUGGUUGGCAGCCUAGUUUAUCUCACUGUCACUUGUCCAAACAUCUUUUAUGUUGUUCACCAAGACACUAUCUUCCAUGACCUUUUCUACUCUGCUCAGUUUCUGUUUGUUCUCCGUGCAUUCUAUGAUGUUGAUUGGGCAGGAGAUCCCACUGAUCGCAGAUCCACCACUGGUUAUUGUUUUCUUUAUGGCAUUUCUCUAAUUUCUUGGCGAAGUAAGAAACAAACUCUUGUGGCCCGCUCUAGUACUGAAGUAGAAUAUCGUGCCCUUGCUGAUAGCACAUAUGAGCUCCUUUGGCUACAAUGA